UAUAAAAAUGUAGUUUUAGAACACAUCUAAAGUAAAAGUUUUAAAAUAUGAUACACAUAAAAUAUUUGUCUUUUUUGUUCCUUCUUAUUAUUAGUGUGAUUCAAAAUUCUCUUUGUUUAUUGCCGCCGGAAUUCGAAUGGAAAGUUAUAGACUUUGCGUGGCAACCUGGUCAUAAAGAGGUAGCCAUAGCCACUAACGCUUAUAUACCUAAAAACAACCUUCCUACUGGAAUAGCAAGAUGGAGAGAUAAACUCUUCGUUACAAUACCAAGAUGGAAAAGAGGUGUCCCAGCGUCUCUCAACUACGUGCUUGUGAACGGCAGUCACCAGCAGGCACUGAAUCCGUAUCCGACGUGGGCCGACGCGUUCGUCCCCGAUGGCGCUAAGAGUGUCAGUUCUGCCAGUACUGUGGUCUCUGCGUUUAGAGUCCACGUUGACAAAUGUGAUAGAUUAUGGGUAGUCGAUAAUGGCGCCACUAAUAUGUGCGAAAACGUGCGACAGAUAGCGCCGCCAGCAAUAGUUGUGUUCGAUUUAAAACGAGAUACGCUCAAAUUCAAGCAUUUCUUCAACGACGCCGUGCUACGAGACGCGACCGUCUUCUCCAGUAUUGCGGUGGACAUAGUGGACAAUGACUGCCGCAACACCUACGCGUACGUGGCGGACAUGGGCGCGGGUGCUCUGGUCGUAUACGACCUGCAGCACGACACAUCCUGGCGACUGGAGCACACGCAUUUCCAGUUCCAGCAGAACGCAAGCGAGUACCACGUUGGUGGUAUUGAUUUCUUCUGGCACGAUGGUGUGUCAUCACUCGCGUUGUCGCAGGUUGCGAGCGACGGGCACCGUGAUUUGUAUUGUUAUCCGACAUCAAGCACCAAGAUGUUAAAGAUAUCUACAAAACUCUUGAGAAAUCCUCAAUUCACACCACAGGAUAUACAGAAUGGAGUUGAGGUUGUGGGCGAAAAAGGACCUCAAUCGCAAUCCACGGCGUGCGACUUUGACUCCAAAAAUAAUGUCCUAUUCUACACUGAGUUGAGUAAGAACGGCGUGGGCUGUUGGAACCUGGAUCGGCCGUUCAACCCUGAAAACACGCAGCUCCUCAUCAGCGACUGUGUUGCGCUGGAGUAUCCCAAUGAUAUUAAGAUGGAUAUGGACGGCAAUGUGUGGAUCCUGUCAGACCGGCAGGCUCGCUUCCUCUACGACAGGAUGGAUUUCAAUCAGAUCAACUUCCGCGUGCUGAGCGCGGAGUCCACUGCACUCAUCAGCGGCACGCGCUGCCAACUCUCCAUCAUAGAACGAGCUAUCGCGUAUAUAAAGAAGACCGGCGAGUGCGCGCACAGUGCGGCGUCCUGACCCGCCAGCCGCGGCGGGCGCUGCGUCGCCAUGGCAACGUCCCAUCGCACAUUACGUCAGUUCCAGAAAGUUCUAUUCGAUUCACAAAAGGCUGCAACAUAAAUUAAUUUCUGGCGUGGAAGGCUUGUUAGUUAAGCACUAAAUUUUAUUAUUAUCACACCUUGCUUCUUGUAAUUUGAAUAAAUAUAAAUUCCGGAAUAUAAGUAGGAAACAGAAUAAUAAACAUUGAUAAAACGACAGCACAAAGUAUUCCGAAUAAGGGCAGUGUCCACAUACUGGAAUAAUACUUUUAGGCACUUUUGAUGUGUACUGACCCUUAUUUUCAAUGCUGCUCCCGCAGCUGUCUCUGUCCCACUCGAUGAAGUUGACGCUCUAAUGUCGCAGACGUCCCUUUCUUAGUACAUACGCUACAAACUUGUCCACUUUUAUUACCGGAAUCUCGAUAACCCUUUUCAUAAAUUUCUUCCAACUGUUUUAGGUUAUUUCCUUCAAUUGCGAUUAAUUUAUGAUUUUAGACAAUACCGUGAAGCAACUUCCACUUUGGAAGAACUUUUCUUAAGAAAACGGAAUGUUUAACCAAAUUGUGUACACUUUUUGUAGAUUUUGAUAUUUUAUUUACUUAAAACAUAGAUAAAUGGAAUGUGAAAUUAUUGUUGAAUUGUUCUUAUGCACGCUACACACGUUAGGUACAAAAUGACAGCUUUUUUGAACAGUGGAAGUUUCAAAACUGUGUGUUGUAGGCAAAACUAAUUACAGUUCAUCUGAUGGUUAAUAUCCUGUCUAAAUACGCAGUUUAAACUGAACACAACCGUCCAGUUAAAACUAUCAGAACUGAACGUUUGUAGCGCGCUUUAUUUCUUUAUAUUUAUUGUUUUUUAAGAUGUUUUUAAUCUGGAGAGAUGUUCUAUUAAAAUGUGAAUUGUA